AAGAACAACUGAGUUCCUGUGCUGUAGCUGUUUACUUGUGACCUCAGAGGACCUCCCGAGUGAAUUCUCUGGAGCAGUGCAUUUCCUCACCAUGACGAGGGAUGAGGCAAGGUGAUCAGAGAUGACUGGAUAUGCCAGAACGCCUCUCUCCACCCUUAGACGUCCAGCUGAAGGUGCUGAACUGCACAGCUUUCCAAGUCCAGUGGAAGACGGCUCAGAGACCCACCAGCACCGUCGCUGGGUACAAGGUGUUCUACACCGAGAUGAUGAAGAGUCGCCCAGCCAGCCCUGCUGUGACAGUAGACCUGCCCCUGAACCUGGACACGCUGACCACUAGACAGUUUGGUGGAGAAGCAAGUUUUGACGUUGAGAUUGGGGAUCUGCGAGCAGGCACCGAGUAUCGAGUGAGCGUGGCGGCUUACGGCUGGGCGGGGGAGGGCCGUCCGAGCAAGUCCCAAGACAUCAGGACGUCAUCACAGGACACAUGCAUGCCUCCCUCUCCUCCAUCACAACCCAAGGCGACAGCAUUAUCAGCUACCAAGAUCGCGUUGUCAUGGAGACAGGACGGGGACCAUGGCAGUGCACCUGUUAAUCACUUUCAGGUGGCCUACAUCAGGCCGGAAUUAGACACAGAGUGGACGUCCAUCAAGGAGCCAACUGAAACCAACUCAGUGGUUGUGAAAGGCUUGGUUCCUGAUACGCUGUACCAGUUUGAGAUUCGAGCAGUGAACCAACAUGGAAUCAGCCCUCCCAGCACCAUAAGUGACCCAGUCUGGACAUUCAGUGCAGGGGACGUGGUCAGCGGUGGCCACGCCCCAUCGUACAUCACCCACUCACAUGGUGAAGACGGCGGUGUUUUAGGUGUGGAUGACUCCGAUCAGGGCAUUUACAUCAAGAAGCUGGAGCCGUUUCCUGCCAUCAGCGGCAGGAUAUGGCCACUCAGCUCGAGCACAGGGACGCCCCCAUCCGAAGCCGGAAGUGACACUGUGACCAGGGAGCUAGCCACCAAUGGUGUCGUCACCACCGCCAGCACACCCCCCACUCAGCCCUUCACCAGUCCCUCCCACACCUCCACCUCUGCCUCCUCCCUUAGCAUAUCCACACCCCUGCACCUUGCCCACAGUGCCCCCGUAACACGCAAGUGGACUGGCAGCGGGCCUCCCCUUCACAAUCUGCCCUGCGGGGAAAUCGUGUGUCCAGCAAACAGCUUCUGCAUCAAUGACCUCCAUAGAGGGGGCUCACGGUGUCACUGCAGCUUGGGACGAGGAGGGGACACCUGUACUGAAGAGGUGUCCAUCCAGUUUCCCAGGUUUCAUGGCUCCUCCUACUUGACCUUUGAGCCUUUGAAGAAGUCCUCUCAGGUGCUCCGUAUCAGCCUCGAGUUCAAGACGGACAUGGAGGACGGGAUGCUACUCUACUGUGGUGAGAAUGAGCACGGUCGGGGAGACUUCACCUCGCUUCUUGUCCACAACAGGCUGCACUUCAGGUUUGACUGCGGCACAGGUCCUGCCAGGAUCAUGAGCCGGGCUCCUGUGGUCCCUGGCCAGUGGCACAGCGUCACCAUCUACAGGGACGGCCCAAGCGGCUGGCUGGAACUGGAUGGCAGCGGCCGUGUGCUGGGCCGCUCACAGGGGAACUACACCAAGAUCACAUUCCACAGCCCGCUGUAUGUGGGGGGGUCCCCUAAUGCGUACGGGCUAGCCAGAGCGGUGGGCACCAGCCAGGGCUUCCAGGGCUGCAUACAGACACUCAGCAUCAACGCCAAGACCUUGGACCUCAGGCCCUGGCCUCGGGGCCUGGCGCUGGGUGGCACCAAUGUGGGUGAGUGCAGGGAAGCCAGGUGUGGAGUUGACACCUGUGCCAAUGGCGGCAUGUGCUUCUCCAGCCAGACCAGUGGCUCCAUCUGCCUGUGUCCCCUGGGCUUCCGCGGACCGCUCUGCCAGGAGUAUUUCUUGCUGUCCUUGCCGCACUUCAAUGAGUCUCUGCUGUCCUACUUCAGUGCCCCCUGGCCACAGUCCUCCCAGCACUAUCUCUCUUUUAUGGAGUUUGAAAUCACCUUCUUUCCUACUUCGCCUGACGGCACGUUGCUGUACAGUGAAGACACAGGCAGCCGGGACUUCCUGUCAGUCACACUGGCAGAUGGAUCCCUGGAGUUCCGCUUUGAUUGCGGCUCUGGGCCGGCCAUUCUCAGGAGCAAGGAACCAAUCAGUAUCUUUGGAUGGCACGAACUGCGUGUAUCUCGCACAGCCAAGAGCGGCAUCCUGCAAGUGGACAACCAGAUACCCAUCGAGGGCAUAGCUGAGGGAGCCUUCACACAGAUCAAUUGCAACACGCCUCUUUAUGUGGGGGGCGUGCCCAACUACAUCAGCACCAAGAGCAGUGCCUGUGUCCUGAGGCCCUUCAGUGGAAGUAUCCAGAAGAUCCUCUUGAAUGACCAUGUGCUCCACCUGACCCAGGGUGCUGCGGUGGGUGUGAAUGUGGAGAAUGCGCGGCAUCCCUGUAUAGAUAAUCCCUGUGCCAAUGGUGGCACAUGCCGGCCACGGUGGGACGAGUAUGAGUGUGACUGUCCACUUGGAUAUGAUGGAAGACAUUGUCAGAAAGAGUGUGGAAACCACUGUUUGAACAUGGUGACAGACGCCAUUGAAACUCCUCAGUUCAUUGGGCGAAGCUACCUCACCUAUGACAAAAAGGACAUCCUCAGGAGAGUCUCUGGUUCGAGGACAAAUGUGUUCAUGCGAUUUAAGAGCACAGCCAAGGAUGGACUUUUACUGUGGAGGGGAGACGGUCCAAUGAGAGUCAACACUGACUUCCUAUCCUUGGGGCUGCAGGACGGAGCAAUUGUCUUCAGCUACAACCUGGGCAGUGGCAUCGCCACGGUGAUGGUGAAUGGCACGUUCGGAGAUGGCCGAUGGCACAGAGUCAAGGCCGUCAGAGACGGACCAUCUGGGAAGCUGACAGUGGACGAUUAUGGAGCCAAAACGGGUCGGUCACCAGGGAAGAUGAGACAGCUCAACAUCCAUGGCGGUCUGUAUGUGGGAGGCUUGAAGGAAAUUGCCCUGCACACCAACAAGCAAUACAUGCAGGGUCUAGUGGGCUGUAUCUCCCACUUCAUUCUUUCCACCGACUACCACCUUUCUCUAGUAGAAGAUGCUACUGACGGCAAGAACAUCAACACCUGUGGCAACUAGGGAGGUACUGCCCCCCACUGCCCUGGAGGACUGCCAGAAAUCACAUAGCUGGCACAGCACGAAAUUCAAAGGGUUUAUGGUUUGUGUUGAUAUAAGCCAUGAAAACCAUUACAACAGAUAUGAGUUUAUUUUUUUGGUCUUUGUAGAAAUAUGAUGAAUCAUAAAUAAUUUGGAUGGGGUUCCAAAUGUGUAGAUCAUGGCUGGAAAGGGUGAUGCCAGUUGGGACACCAGCAGGAGUGUGGUCAAUGGGGUGGGGUCAUUUUGGGA